AUGAUUGAAGUCGAUCCUUCAGCUGCACCGCAAUCCACAGCAGUCCCCGUUUUCCCUCCUUUAUCCGCCUCAGCCGUCCAGAUAUCUUUGAAAUCGGAGACGAGGCGGGUUCCCAUACCACCACAUAGAAUGACACCGAUAAAAAAGGAGUGGAUAAAUAUCUUCAGUCCGCUGACGGAGAUUCUGUUUCUGCAAGUCAGAAUGAAUGUACAAAGAAAAUGUGUAGAGAUACGGACAUCGAAACAAACGAAAGAUGUUGGUGCGCUGCAGAAAGGUGCCGAUUUUGUAAAAGCGUUCGCUCUUGGGUUUGACGUGAAUGAUGCCAUCGCACUUCUCCGCUUGGAUGACCUGUAUCUUGACUCUUUUGAAAUAAAAGAUGUCAAGACCCUUCAUGGCGAUCACCUUUCACGCGCCAUCGGUCGCAUUGCAGGCCAGGAUGGAAAAACAAAAUUCACCAUCGAGAAUGCCAGUCGGACUAGAAUUGUCCUAGCUGAUACAAAAAUCCACAUAAUGGGCUCUUUCCAAAACAUUAAAAUAGCACGGGACGCGAUCGUUUCCUUAAUUUUGGGUUCACCUCCUGGGAAGGUGUAUGCUGGGUUGAGAACCGUGAGCAGCCGCAUGAAGCAGCGAGCCCUGUAG